GCUGAAAGCAGCAGGAAUAGAGACAGAUCUGUAAAAGUCAUAUAAUAACUCAUCAACAUGUCCGGACGGUCAGUGCGAGCCGAGACGAGGAGUCGUGCUAAAGAUGACAUUAAAAAAGUCAUGGCGGCCAUAGAAAGAGUCCGUAGAUGGGAGAAGAAGUGGGUAACGGUGGGUGAUACAUCUUUACGGAUCUUUAAAUGGGUUCCUGUAACAGAAACUAAACAGAUAUUUAAAGCUAAAGGUUCAGGAGGUGCUAUACGAGAACUGAAGGGUUUACCUACUGAUGUGGUGUUGGAGAAUGCUCGCUCAGUUUUAUUGGAUUUCCAAGAUGACAACAGUAAUCAGAGUUUUAUGUCGGACGUUUAUCAGUCCAAUAACAAAGUGGACAGCAGCAGUAACUCGAGUCCACAGCAUGCCAGCGGGGCAGUGAGCCCUACUCACACUUCCUACUUUCGCACAGAGGACUCACAGCCACCAACUCUGGGACAGGAGACCAUGGAGGUGCCAUCAGUGACCAGAAGUGUUACAGAUGAACCACCCACUUUAAUAAAAGAGGAUUUGCUGCCUCUGUCUGCACAGGAGGAUGAGGAUGUCAUGAUUGCUCCACCAUUGAAAAGAAUUUGCACAGAAUAAAUGCAAAGUUAGCUGCAUAGCGAUAAUCACAGCCCAGAUGGGAACCUUGUACUGAACUGGACAGUCACAUUGUCUGUGGGCUGUAUUUACAUUUGAAAAAGGGAGAAAAAGGAAGAAAUAUUCACCAAAACUCACUGGUGUUUAAAACUAUUAUGACAAAUCUUUUAAAAAAACUGUAUAAUGCUUGGAAUCGCAUUUUGGGUUUUUUCCCAAAGGGUUUACAUUUGUACUACAGAAAUAGUAACUUGAAACGAAAGCAGUUAGUGUUAUAUGUUGUGAAAACAGCCCAAAGUUGAAAGAAUUUUUCAGUAUUGUGUCAUGACACACUGUAUAUAUGUUUUUUUUUUUUUUAAAUACCUACUAAUUUGCAUCAGCUUCCGUUUGUUGCUGCAUUUUUAUUGCAUGUGUUGCUUAUUUGUUUUACUUUGUAUGUCUUGAUUAACGGCUGCAACAAAAUGAAAUUAAAUUGAACAAUUUGAGCUUGACAAAUUUAUCUUGGAUAUGAACUCAUGUCUUUUAUUAUAAGCAACCCCCCCCCAUGGGGAAGCAUAUAAAAGAAGUCAAGCACUGCAAGUAUGAAGGUCUUUACAUUUUACAUUUUGAAUUUUUCACUUAUUUGUAGGAAUAUUUUGCAAUAAUAAAGGAUGACAAAGA